CGUGUUGGUAAUCGCCUCGCACACACAUGCGUUGCGUGUUAACUUCUCUCAGCUUUUCGUUCCCCGGUUACCGUGUGGCGUGUCCGGCGCUACGACAGUCGUCAGUCGUCACUCGUCGGUCUUCUGUGCUGUAAAGUCACUGCUUCCCUCGUCGUCCGCGAACAGUUUUUAUUAUUAUUUUGACAUUUUUCGUCGUAUCAAAUUCCGGCGUGUUAUCAAUUUUCCGCUCAUUCUCUCGCCGUUGAUACGCGACAAUAUUCUGAAUCGGAGGUGCAGGUGCGACUGACAAGACAAGUACGGUCUACGACGAUAUCGGCAAUAUACUUCAGCUAUACAUUACGCAUUUACGCCCAAAUAUUGAUUUCCAGUUGGCUGGGAAACCGACAUAAAAUUUAAGCUACUUUUCUGAAACAGCUUUUUAAACAAGUACAAUGGGAGAAAGACGUGGCACUAAAGCAUUAGAACUAUGGUGUAAGCGAGUGACUCAAGGAUACGAUGGAGUGUCUAUUGAAAAUAUGUCUACUUCGUGGAAAGAUGGACUCGCAUUUUGUGCUCUUAUUCAUCAUUUUAGACCUGAUUUGAUUGAUUAUAAUAGUUUGGACAAAAAUGAUAUUUACGGUAACAAUGAGUUGGCUUUUCGAGUUGCUGAAAAUCAUCUGGGCAUUCCUGCACUUUUAGAUCCUGAAGACAUGGUUUGCGUCGAAAUACCAGACAGACUAUCGAUAUUAACUUACCUAUCACAGUUCUACCAAACUUUCUCAUCACAAGCUACGACGCCUGUGAAAACAUCACCUGAAUCUCCGACCACAGUUGAACGGCCCAGAACUAAUACAGGAUCCGGUCAAAAUGCUCCAACAAAGUUGGGCGCAGGCGUUGGCGGUUGUAGAGUGUGCAACCAGUCCGUGUUCCUAGCCCAACGUCUGCUCAUAUCUGGCCACCUGUUCCACCGGACCUGUUUUAAGUGCGCCCGGUGCGCCGCCCUGCUGAGCGUGGCCAAUUACUACGAGACGCAGGACGGCAAGUACUGCUGCGAAACUUGCCCGGACGAGGAGCGGACGGUGUCGCCGACCGUGUCGUUGACGACGGCGACGACGACGCCCCAACCGCAGCCACCGUCGUCGUCGUCGGCUUCCUCGUUGGUCGGUGACCGCCGGGCGCUGUUCGAAACACUGGCCGCCGCCGAUUGUACAGAUGACGUGAAAGCGUCGAAAAAGGCGCAGCGGCCGGUCACACUCAGAAUGGCCGAUCCGUUGACGGCCGCCACCGUCACCGAGAAGGCCGCCAUCACAUGCAGCGACGACAACGACAGCGGUGUAGUAGUGGACAGUGACAAGAAAGAGUCGAGCGACGCGAAAACCUCAGCCAGCGUCACCGGCAGCCGCGAAACAUUGUCGGACGUGGGAGCGGUGGUCGCCGACGAGGAUGGCAGAUCGGUGCCGUCGGACGAGGACCGAGCGACGGACUCUGCCACGGCCGCCGUCGUAUCCGACCAACUACCCGAUACCGUCGCACCCGUCAUGUCGUCGCCCACUCCUCCACCUUUACCGGUCGAUUCGAAUCCACCCGACGACGAUAUCGCGGUGGAAACACCGAAACUCGUUCAGAUACCGCCGCUAUCGGAUGAUCUGAAACAAGUCCUCGAACUUCCUCCUGCUAGUAAAGCCCCCAUUGAAGAGCAGCUAGACUCUCCGGAGGAUUACGAAAUAAAAACUUUAUCCAACAAGCUGCUUAAAAUGGACUAUUACGAGAGUAAUAAAGAGGUACCGGUUCCUAGUCCUAGAAAAAGAAUUAAAUCUCCAAUAAAAAUCAAUUACCCUGAAAAUUUAAAUCCGUUCGACGAUGAAGAGGACGAUGGUAACAAAAACAAGAAAGAUAGCACUAAUCCGUUCGGAUCCGAUUUAGAAGACGAUGAUGAACUCGCAGCCAAGAAGAAUGUUAGUUUGAAUCCGUUUUCGAGUGAUGAAGAUGAAAACGAACCUUUUUCUCAGCCCCCAUUGCCCAAACCUAGAACGGUGUUGUCUCCUAUAUUGAAACCUCGCUACCAAACCCAUCGCAAGCAAAGUAGUGCUUCCAGUAUAUCUUCCUAUUCAAACACUCCUCGAAAAAAAAAACCAGCCCCACUACCCCCAGUAUCGAGACUAUCUCUUGGAAACAUUGAAUACUCAAAUAGUAUGCAAAUGUCGUCUCCUAAUAGUUUAGAAGACUCCAGUUGUAGUGGCAGUGAACCGUCUUCAACCAGUAAUCAGGAACGAUAUAGAUUACACAAGAGUACACAUGGGAAAUGGAAACGAAAAAAAGGGCCGGCCCCUCAGUGUCCAAUACCACAGAGGAGACGAAUCAAACCUAUGCCUAUGGAAGAUAUCAAGCAAGAGUUGUUAGAUAUUGAAAUAAAACAGCAAGAGCUUGAGAGACAAGGAGUGAAAUUGGAAAAAGAUAUACGAUUAAAGUGUAACGAAGAUUUGAACAAUGUUGACGUAGAAGAAAUGGUGUUACAAUUGUUUGAACUAGUUAAUGAAAAAAAUGAAUUGUUCAGAAAACAUGCCGAACUUAUGUACCUGCGAAAACAACAUAAUUUUGAAGAGGAACACGCUGAAUUAGAAUACCAAAUACGUGUAUUAAUGUCUAAGCCUGACCACACUAAGACAGAUACAGAAAAAGCCCGAGAAGAAGAACUUAUCCGAAGAUUGGUUGAAGUUGUCGAAAGGCGUAAUGAAAUUGUUGAAAAUCUAGAAAAAGAUAGGUUGCGUGAAGCCGAAGAAGAUCGUAGUGUGUUCAAUCAAAUUGGAACUUUUGCUCAAGAUGAAACGUUGCCAUGUAUCAAACCAGUAAAUACCACAGUUAUGGACGGGAAAAAGAACUUUUCCAAAAGACUUUUGAAGAAUAUCAAAAAGGUAAAAUCAAAAAAAGACAAACAAGAUGUUGCGUCGCCGUCCCAAUCACCAUCAAAUUCUUCACAUAGCAAAGGCACUCUAAAAAAAUUUAUGACUCUUGGCCACUCAUCUAAGAAAUUUUUAAGGCCAAAAUCCAGUUAGAACUAAAAUUAUAGUACUAUUUUACUAUAAGAAGUAC